AUGAGGUGGGUGGCACUGGCCUCGCUCUUCUUUAUUCUGGUGUCCAUCACCACCUUCUGUCUGGAGACCCACGAGGCCUUCAACGUCAUCAUCAACCGCACAGAGGAGGAGGUGGUGGACAACGUGACAGUGGUGCGCACAUACCAGGAGACUGAGACUGCGCUCUACCUCACCUACAUCGAAGGCGUCUGUGUGGUGUGGUUCACUUUUGAAUUUCUAAUGAGAAUAACUUUCUGUCCAAAUAAAUGUGACUUCAUUCGGAACGCCCUGAACAUCAUCGACUUUGUGGCCAUCCUGCCCUUCUACCUGGAGGUCGGCCUCAGCGGGCUCUCCUCCCAGGCAGCUAAGGACGUGCUAGGUUUCCUGAGAGUUGUCCGAUUCGUUCGGAUCCUGCGUAUCUUCAAGCUGACGCGUCACUUUGUAGGACUGAGGGUGCUGGGCCACACGUUGAGAGCCAGCACCAACGAGUUCCUGCUCCUCAUCAUCUUCCUCGCCCUCGGUGUCCUCAUCUUUGCUACUAUGAUCUACUACGCUGAACGGAUUGGAGCUAACCCCAACGACCCUCGAGCCAGUGAGCACACGCACUUCAAGAACAUCCCGAUCGGAUUCUGGUGGGCUGUGGUGACCAUGACGACCCUGGGCUAUGGCGAUAUGUACCCUCAGACGACCUCCGGUAUGCUGGUCGGAGCCCUGUGCGCCUUGUCGGGCGUGCUGACCAUCGCCAUGCCCGUCCCUGUGAUUGUCAACAACUUUGGAAUGUAUUACUCUCUGGCCAUGGCAAAACAGAAACUACCAAAGAAGAAGAACCGGCAUAUCCGUGCCCCACAACCAGGUUCUCCAAACUUCUGUAAGUCAAGUGCCAGCUCCCUACAACCGAGCCCAAUACCCCAUGACGACGUUUUCGAGAUAAAGUUUCAAGAUUCAAAGUUGAACGGAGAGGCAGCCAAAGCAGCGCUGGCUAAUGAAGAUUGCCCUCAUAUAGACCAGGCCACAUCUCCGGAGGAAGUCUUCAGCCCCAGCGAGAGGGAGCGGCCCUGCUUCUUGGUCACCACUGCUGAACGCCCCAACCACACAGGGGGCAGAGUGAGGAGGGGUUAUGAAAAGCCUUGGAGCCUUAACAGCAUGUCUGGCAUGAGCGGGGACGCCUCUGGAGUGUCCUCAGUGUCCGCCCUGCCCUGCAGCCCACCCUGUCUAAUGCAGCACUCACAUUCUCCCAUCCCAUCCAUUAUGUAGCAUGGUUGAGUAGCAGACACAAUGACAUUGGAAGGCCAGUCAACACUCCUCCUUAUCUUACCUGUCAAAUUUUGCUUUUACACUUGCCUUCACUCUUGUUUUUUUCCAUUUUUAUUUCAUUGUUUUUCUGGAAAACUGUACCUUAACUGUGUCUAAUACUCAGCGUUCCCAAGUGUUCUCCUUGGGUGUGUCAUCCUAUCCUAGACUAGAAAACAUUGGCACAUGCCACACUGCAUGGGUCACCUCACUUGUAGACAAAGCACUGUUCUACUUCUACCACAGGCUACACUCUUUCCCUGUGUUUACAUCAUUGCCUGUUGCUCUGUUGCUUUUGAUCUCACUCUUUUGCCAAUAACUUCUAUCAUCUGCUUUUUACAACUUUGUGAAAGAGUCUUUCAUAAGAUGUAACCCAUGCUAAUAAUAUGCUGGACAUUAACAAUACAUGGCUCUGAAACAUAUCCAAAAGAUCCCACUGCCAGCUGUUAAGGGACCUUCUCUUAAGUGCUUUGUACGUUGCAAAGUAGAGACGUUAUCAUUCUGAAAGUGCAAACCAGACAAAGCUCAAUGUUAUCCGCGAAAAAAAAACAGUCAAAAUGAUGCUCAUGGUGUCCAAUGCAAUAUGGAGAUGAUGACGAUUCCUAUCAUAGUAGUGAAUAAUAAGUUUAAUGUUAACAGAACUUUUGUUCAUUUGCAUGAACUGCAUGAGAAAUUAUGUUCAACAAGAAGCUAACUGUAUCGCAGUACCUGUAAGAAAAAAAAAGCUUUUUUCUUUCAAAGGCUUCUAAAGCUUUGUCGUUUGUUAAGCAUUUUGAGACAGCUUUACAAGAGACUCAGUCAUAGCAGAGAUUUUUAUGUAGCUGCCAUUCUUUGCCUUUCCCUAAAUUCAUAUUUUUUUGCAUUCAUUUGGCUGGGGCCUCCAACUAAACUAGCAUAAUUUGACUUGAACAAUCUGUUAUAAAACCAACAAAUGCUGUUAUGAGCAUAAAUAGUUUUUAUACAAAUAUAUUUACUGAUAGUUAUUAGUUUUUAAACAGUAUCCGUAGUCUGCAGCAACUUCUAUUACUGCUGUGAUGCCUAAAUUAAGGCAUUUAAAACAAUGGUGCCUUUAUACCUGGUGAGGCAAAGUAAAAGUGAGUUAUUAUUGACAUGAUGUAACAUAAGUCCUCUCAGUGUAGCAUCAAUACACUUUAUAUCAUGCUCAUAACAGUGUCAGGUAAGCUUUAUUUACAAGGUGCACUUUUUACACCAUCCUCGUACCUUAAAUCAAAGCAAACUGGUUAUUAUCGUAACACAACUCCACAAACACUAGGAUUUAACCCUAAGGGGUAAACAUAGCUCCAAGCAUAAAUAAAUAAAUGAAAAUACUAAUUUUAUAUUCCUCAUAUCAAGAUGUUUGUAUGAUAAAGCACAAAUUGUUUACAAAAAAAGGGACAAAGCUGUUCUACAGAGCAAAAAUAUAUCGAGUUACAAGAUGACACACUGGCUUCGGCAGUAUCUAUUUCUAUUGAUUUAAAACGUCAAUACUGUUUUUGUCCCAAAAGAAGUAUGCACAAUUAUUUUAGGGCACUUUAAAA